UAGUACUCGUUAGUACAUUCAUCGCGAGUAUUUCGCAGAGCUACUUAUUCUAGCCGUGCUAAGCCGAUCCUUGAGCCUUCUGCGAAGCCAUUCGGAUCCUCCGUAAGCGCUCUGACAGCCGAAUUCACAGAUUCGCACGUCCAGAUCGGACGGCGGUCGUUUGGCAGGUCAGGGCGUGGAGAUCUGCAAGUCCAGAUCGGACGGCGGUUGUUUGCCGGGUUUAGAUCAUGGAGCGGCUUCAGCGGAUAUUCCAGAGCGCGGGGGGAGGCAUGGGGCCUCAGCCUGACGCUCCUAUGGUCGACACGUCCGAGCAGGUUUACAUCUCGUCGCUCGCUUUAUUGAAGAUGCUCAAACACGGCCGCGCUGGUGUCCCCAUGGAGGUCAUGGGGCUCAUGCUCGGUGAAUUCGUGGAUGACUAUACUGUGCGCGUGGUCGAUGUGUUCGCCAUGCCUCAGAGCGGCACGGGCGUGAGCGUGGAGGCCGUUGACCCUGUGUUCCAGACCAAGAUGCUGGACAUGCUUAAGCAGACGGGCAGGCCUGAGAUGGUGGUGGGUUGGUACCACUCGCAUCCAGGCUUCGGCUGCUGGCUCUCGGGCGUCGACAUUAACACGCAGCAGAGCUUCGAGGCGCUGAACCAGCGCGCUGUGGCAGUAGUGGUGGACCCCAUCCAGUCUGUGAAGGGCAAGGUGGUCAUCGAUGCGUUCCGCCUCAUCAACCCGCAGACCAUGAUGCUGGGGCAGGAGCCCCGGCAGACCACGUCCAAUCUGGGGCACCUGCACAAGCCGUCCAUCCAGGCUCUGAUCCACGGCCUGAACCGGCACUACUACUCGAUUGGCAUCAACUACCGCAAGAACGAGCUGGAGGAGAAGAUGCUGCUCAACCUGCACAAGAAGAAGUGGGCGCAUGGGCUCACUCUGCAGCCGUUUGAGAGCCACAACAAGAAGAACGAGCAGAUCGUGCAGGACAUGUUGGAACUGGCCCAGAAGUACAACAAGGCGGUGCAGGAGGAGGAUACCUUGUCAAGUGAGAAGUUUGCUAUUGCGAGUGUGGGGAGGCAAGACGCCAAGAAGCACCUGGAGGAGCAUGUGUCCACACUCAUGUCCUCCAAUAUUGUGCAGACUCUAGGUACGAUGCUGGACACGGUAGUGUUCUAGAUAACUAAAAGUUUGCCAUUUUAUAUUUGUGGGUGCUAUGGAUACUUACAUUAAGAGCGGGUUGGUUACUGUCACAUUGAUUGUCCUGAUGUAUUGCAUACUUAAUGUUCAUAAGAAACUAAUUCUUGGCUC